AUGUCUCAGUCUGCAAGGGGAAAUUAUUUCUCCCGUUCAGCUACUAUUCAAAACAUAGGGUUCAUAAACUUCCAAAUUCACCAAACAAUUCAGGAAACGAUCGCGUCUUCACGGCAAACCAUUUUCGGGUUUCUCGUGGCAGUGCUGAUUAAUAUCCUUCAGCUCAAGUACCAAGGAAAAGCCGAUUCUCCAUUUGAAACUCACCCGAAAACCAUUUGGCUGGCUGUUACAUUUUUGUUCUUGUAUUUUUUGGCACAAGAUGCCAAAUUAAGGGUCUCUGAACCUAAUUGCUAUGCCUUUUCCAGGUGUCAAUCAUUUGCUUACACGGGAAUGGCAAUCUUUGGCCCUUUGUCCCUCGCGUCAAUGUCAUCCCUGAUUUUCCCUGAAAAUUUGGGUCCAUUUUUAUAUUUAGCAGCCAUUUUAUAUUCCCUCAGUUUGAUUCCCUUUCAUCUGGCUAGAAGGACCUGGAAUCGGUUCAAAGAUUUCAUAGAAAGUAAAAUGUAUGCUCAAGACGAUCACCACGAAAGAAGCAGCGGAUGA